AUGGACGAAGCCGGUGAUACAACUCCACGGGUAGUGGAAAAACUGGACGUCGAGGACGAAGAGGAUAGACAAGCUAGAAUCCAAUCAUACCUUGAAAAACUGAAUGCAUCUUCUCAGACGAGGAACUUUACGCGUCCAUCUGGUAUUCCUGAGUUUAAAUUCGAUUUUGGUGACAGGACAACGUUUCCUGUCGUGCCUAAUACAGAGCUUCUGUCUCGCGUGCAGGCGUUCCUUCCUCAACUUGAGGCAUCGAACGCAAUCCUAACUCAGCGCGCCCAAGAAGACCCAAGCAGUGUUGAUAUUGAGCAUAUUCCAGAGGGCAUGGACCAAUACAUCGAGAUGAAUCUGGGUCUUGGAGUGUUUGAAGAUCGGUCUCACAUUGCGAAUCAGGGUGAUGAAGACUCCGAAAUGUCCACAUCCUCUUCCUCAUCAUCCGAAUCUUCAGACAAGGCGCGUGAUAACGACGACGAUGAUGAUUCGGACGCGGACUCGGACGAAUCCUCUGAAAUCAUAACCUCCUUCGUACCUUCCAGGCCCAUUAAACCUCUUCCCAGACGCGCCUCGACCAAGCCAAACCCUGGUAUUGUUGUCCUAGACGAACAGCCGCAAUCUCAAUCUUAA